AUGGGCGUGUGCCUGCUAGAGCGCCUGCAGCACGAGCCAUACUGGGACAAUGUUCCCGUCGAGCCGAUUACGGGAAGCUGCCGUGCCGGCACUGGCACGCUGUCCAGCCAGGCCGAGGCUCUGGAGGCGAUGCGCUGGCCUUCCUUGCGCCAGUAUGUGCAGCCUCUGGCAUAUGUUGACUACACUGAUGCCCGAGACCUCGAUAGGAUCUCUUGGAAGUUUCCCAGUUGGAGGGCAGAGGGGCCGCUGCACGAGACCAUGACCUUGUCCGACGGCUUCAACACCCUGUGGCGCGCCUUGCAGGAGACCCUGCGAAGCCAUCCCUGUGGGCUCGAAUGCGCCGCUGCUGUACUGCUGGGAGAGACGAUGCAGUUCACUCGGGAAGCGCUGGCCCGUCCCGGGCAGAGGCUGCCGCCGCCUUUGCGGGAGGCGUUCUGCCGGGCUCCGUGGCGCGCCUGGCUGAAGAGUGGCUGGGCCUGGCCCUUGCUGGAAGCUCUGGCGGCGGCUUCGGCGGCUGAGGCGGCUGAGGCGGCUUCGGCUUUGGAGGCGGCGUGCGUGGGGCAGCUGCAGGAGCUGCUGACGGACUGCGAGGCCGUCCAGCAGCUACCUGCCGCGCUGUGUGGCUGCUUGGAUGCCCGGCCCAUGCUUCGCCUGGCGGCAGCUUGCCUGGCGCCAAGGCCCAUCUUCUUAGGCGGCACUGAGCGGCGACUCAGCCACACGCUGUGCGACUUGGUGUCGCAGCAGCUGGAUGAUACAGUGGCUCUGCACGUGCACGGUGCUAGUGCCUACCUGCAGGAGAGGACGCGGAGGGCAGACCCUGGCUGCGGCUGGAGGUGCUGCAUUUCCUGUCCACCUUGGAUGGCGCUGCGCGGCUCACCGUGUAUGGGCACCUGGCGCGGGAUCGGAAAUACUACGCGCAGGCUCUGA